AUGUCUCUGACCAAGUCCGACAAGGCUAUCAUUGCUACCAUGUGGAGCAAGAUUGCCACACAGGCUGAUUCCAUUGGUACUGAGGCUCUGGAAAGACUCUUCACCAGCUACCCCCAGACCAAGACCUACUUCCCCCACUUCGACCUGCACCAUGGCUCAGCCCAGCUGCAUGCCCAUGGUGCCAAGGUGGUUGGUGCUAUUGGGGACGCCGUCAAGAACAUUGACCACAUUGAAACUGCCCUGUCCAAGCUCAGUGAACUCCACGCCUACAUCCUCAGAGUGGAUCCUGUCAACUUCAAGCUCCUAUCUCAUACCUUCUUGGUCACCGUGGCUGCCCACUUCCCUGCUGACUUCACUGCGGAAGCUCACGCUGCCUGGGACAAAUUCCUGUCCAUUGUGAGCUCAGUCCUGACUGAGAAGUACAGAUAAGCCCCCCGGACCUAGAGCCCUGAGAGGACAGAAGGGGCUGUGUGGUCACCAACCUCCUACCCUAAUCCAGGCACCCUUCCUUCCUGGUGCCUUCCCUACAGGCCUGUCCUCUAUGACCCUCAAAUAAAUGGAUAAACUUCA